AUGCAGUGUGUUCGGCUGGGCCCAUCAUGUGCGGCCGAGAUGCAGUGCGUUCGGCCGGGCCCACAAAGUGCAGACGAAAGGCAGUGCGUUCGGCCAUGCCCACCAAGUGCAGACGAGAGGCAGUGCGUUUGGACAGGCCCAUCAAGUGCUGACGAGAGGCAGUGCGUUCACAAAGGCCCAUCAAGUGAAGACGAGAGGCAGUGCAUUCACCAAGGCCCACCAAGUGCAGACGAGAGGCAGUGCGAUCGGCCAGGCCUACCAAGUGCAGACGAGAGACAGUGCGUUCGGCCGGGCACACCAAGUGCAGACGAGAGGCAGUGCGUUCGGCCGGGCCCAAUAAGUGCAGACGAGAGGCAGUGCAUUAGGCCAGGCCCACCAAGUGCAGACGGGAGGCAGUGCGUUCGUCCAUUCCCACCAAGUGCAGACGGGAGGCAGUGCGUUCGUCCAUUCCCAGCAAGUGCAGAUGUGAGGCAGUGCGUUCGGCCAGGCCCACCAAGUGCAGACGAGAAGCAGUGCGUUCGGCCAGGCACACCAAGUGCAGAUGAGAAGCAGUGCGUUCGGCCAGGCCCACCAAGUGCAGACGAGAGUCAGUGCGUUCGUCCAGGCCCACCAAGUGCAGACGUGAGGCAGUGCGUUUGGCCAUGCCCACCAAGUGCAGUCGAGAGGCAGUGCGUUCGGCCAGGCCCACCAAGUGCAGUCGGGAGGCAGUGCGUUCGGCCAGGCCCACCAAGUGCAGACGAGAGGCAGUGCGUUUGGACAGGCCCAUCAAGUGCUGACGAGAGGCAGUGCUUUCGACCAGGUCCACCAAGUGCAGACGAGAUGCAGUGCGUUCGGCCAGGCACACCAAGUGCAGACGAGAAGCAGUGCGUUCGGCCAGGCCCACCAAGUGCAGACGAGAGUCAGUGCGUUCGUCCAGGCCCACCAAGUGCAGACGUGAGGCAGUGCGUUUGGCCAUGCCCACCAAGUGCAGUCGGGAGGCAGUGCGCUCGGCCAGGCCCACCAAGUGCAGUCGGGAGGCAGUGCGUUCGGCCAGUCCCACCAAGUGCAGACGAGAGGCAGUGCGUUUGGACAGGCCCAUCAAGUGCUGACGAGAGGCAGUACGUUCGACCAGGCCCAUCGAGUGCAGAAUAG